GGCGCCAGCGAGCGAGCGAGCAAGCGAACGGCGAGUGCGGCGAGCACUGAGAGGAGCGCGAGCACAGCAUGGCGGGGCUCCGACGCCCGCAGCCCGGCUGCUACUGCCGCACCGCCGCGGCCGUGAACCUCCUGCUGGGCGUCUUCCAGGUCCUGCUGCCCUGCUGUCGCCCGGGAGGGGCUCAGGGACAAGCGAUCGAGCCCUUGCCGAACGUGGUGGAGCUGUGGCAGGCAGAAGAAGGGGAACUCCUGCUGCCCACUCAGGGUGAGUCUGAAGAAGAUGUGGAGGAACCUUCUCAAGAACAGAGUUUCUCAGAAAAACUGUUUAGUGGAAAAGGUUUACAUUUUCAGCCAUCAGUUCUAGAUUUUGGAAUACAAUUCCUAGGGCAUCCUGCAGCAAAGAUUCUCUAUGCUUACAACCCCAGUAGGGAUAGUGAGGUGGUGGUGAAUUCAGUGUUUACAGCUGCGAGACAUUUCCAUGUGCCUCCUGUUCAUUGCAGGGUAAUUCCAGCAAUGGGGAAAACUUCCUUCAGAAUUAUUUUCUUCCCUACUGAAGAAGGAAGCAUUGAAAGUUCUUUAUUUAUUAAUACCUCUUCAUAUGGAGUCCUUUCCUAUCAUGUAUCUGGAAUUGGCACUCGCAGAAUCUCUACAGAAGGGUUUGCAGAGCAGCUACCAAAUGCUUAUUUUCUGCUGCCGCAGGUCCAGAGCAUUCAGCUUUCACAAACACAGGCAGAAACCACUAAUAGUAGCCUUUUGCAGGUGAAACUGGAAUGCAGUUUACAUAAUAAAGUGUGUCAGCAAUUAAAGAAUUGUUAUCUGGAGUCUGAUGAUGUUUUGCACUUACAAAUGAACAUAAUUAUAACAAUGGAAAACUCCUCAAAAGAAUUUGAAGAAAACACACAAGCUUUGUUAGAUCAUCUCUCUAUUGUUUAUGUAGCAACAGAUAAAUCUGAGACCUCAGAUGAUUCAGCAGUAAAUAUGUAUAUAUUACAUUCAGGAAACAGCGUUAUAUGGAUACAGGACAUAUAUCAUUUCUCACAGAGAGAUGCUUUGUCUCUUCAGUUUGAACCAGUACUAUUACCUACUUCUACAACAAACUUUACAAAGAUCGCCUCUUUUACUUGCAAAGCAGCUAUGUCAUGUGGCAGUGGAAUGAAAGAAGAUGUGAAGAAAUCAAAAAACACUCCAACACUAGAAGCAUGCCUCUCUUCUCCAGUGGUACAGGGGUAUUUCAGAGUGGACCCUUUUGCUGCCCAGUUUCACGUGGAGAGUCACGAGAACACGUCAAGAGUGUGGUCAAUAUGGUACCUCAACCAUUUUGACCGUGACAUUGUGUUAAGGGAUGUGUUUGUUUCCAAGGAGGCUAGGCACGUUUUAAAGAUUCUGAAUUUCACUGGCCCUUUAUUUCUACCUCCAGGCUGUUGGAAUAUAUUUUCUUUGAAACUUGCUGUUAAAGACAUUGCCAUAAAUCUAUUCACCAAUAUAUUUUUGACUACAAACAUAGGUGCCAUUUUUGCAAUACCUCUACAGAUUUUCUCAGCACCAACCAAGGAAGGGAGUCUGGGUUUUGAAGUGAUAGCACAUUGUGGCAUGCAUUAUUUCAUGGGAAAAUCAAAAGCAGAAAAUCCUAAUUGGAAUGGGACCCUUUCUCUGGAUUGGUCUACCUGGGAUGUGGAUUCUGAACUUGCAAAUAGCUUGUAUGAAGGUUGGAAGAAGUAUAAAAAUGGCAAUGUUUGCAGGAGGAAUGUUUUAGGAAUGAUGCGUUUUGCCCACUCGAAGAAACCCAAGGAGUCAGAAUCCUUUGUUUCCUUUUUGCCUCGUUUGGUUGCGGAGCCUGGCCUUGUGUUAAACUUCAGCGCAACUGCCCUUAGGAACAGUGUGGUAAAGUACUUUGUGGUGAGGAACCCAUCCUCUCUGCCUGUCUCCUUGCAGCUCCUGCCUCUCUCCUUGUACCCGAAACCAGAAGCCGCAGGGCGCCUGCUGCACAGAUGGUUUGGCAUUGAUUUGCAGAUGAUUAAUUUCACAACUGGUGAAUUCCAGCUCACCAAAGCUUGCCCUUACCGGGUAGGAUGGCAUGUUCAACAGAAAAAAAGAUUGUUGACAAACUGGCCACAGAAGCAUGUGGCCUGCGUCUUGGGUGUGCAUUCUGAGGAACCCAGGUCUGGCACCCUCCAGUUGCACUUGCAGCCUUUGGAAAUGAAAAGGGUUGGUGUAGUCUUCACACCAGCUGACUAUGGAAAGGUUACCUCACUCAUACUGAUCCGGAAUAACCUGACUGUUAUUGACGUGAUUGGCGUAGAAGGAUUUGGAGCACGAGAACUACUGAAAGUGGGUGGAAGACUUCCUGGCGCAGGGGGUUCACUUCGAUUUAAGGUGCCUGAGUCCACGCUGAUGGACUGUCGUCGACAACUUAAAGACAGCAAGCAGAUUUUAUCUAUUACAAAGAACUUUAAAGUUGAGAAUAUUGGACCUCUUCCUAUAACUGUAUCUUCACUGAAAAUCAAUGGGUAUAAUUGUCAAGGUUAUGGCUUUGAAGUGCUAGACUGUCAUCAGUUUUCCCUGAAUCCAAACGCAUCCCGUGAUAUCAGCAUUGUGUUUACCCCAGACUUUACCUCUUCCUGGGUCAUCCGUGAGCUGACACUCGUAACUGCAGCAGACCUGGAAUUCCACUUCACUCUCAAUGUGACCCUGCCCCAUCACUUGUUGCCCUUGUGUGCAGAUGUGGUUCCAGGACCCAGCUGGGAGGAGUCGUUUUGGAGGCUCACAGUCUUCUUCGUCAGUUUGUCCCUAUUGGGUGUGAUUUUAAUAGCCUUCCAACAAGCACAGUACAUUCUUAUGGAAUUCAUGAAAACAAGACAGAGGCAAAAUGCUAGCUCCUCCUCACAGCAGAACAACGGUCCAAUGGAUGUAAUCAGCUCCCAUUCUCACAAAAGCAAUUGCAAGAACUUUCUGGACACGUACAGCCCUUCUGAUAAAGGCAGGGGAAAAAGCUGCCUUCCAGUGAGCACUCCCCAGAACAGGGUCCAGAAUGCUGCCAAGAGGAGCCCAGCCACCUAUGGUCACUCUCAGAAGAAGCACAAAUGCUCAGUGUACUACAGUAAACAUAAAGCCAGCGCAUCGCUGGCCAGCAGUGCCAGCAGUGCUACUGAGGAGAAACAGACUUUGACCCUGGGCAGCUCUCUGUCUGCUGCUAAAGAGGACGUGUGCACGGAUGUCAUGGGUGAGAACUGGGUCAGCCUCAAAUAUGCAAAUGGCAUGAGUGUCAACCUGCAGAAGAAUUUAACCCUCCCCAAAAACUUAUUGAAUAAAGAGGAAAACACACUGAAAAACACAAUUGUUGUCAAUAAUACUUCUUCAGAAUGUAGUCUGAAGGAGGGGAUACAGACAUGUAUGUUUCCUAAGGAAACUGACAUUAAAACUUCAGAGAACAUAGCUGAGCUCAAGGAUCGAGAGCUCUGUCCCCUGAAGACCUCUAAGAAACUACCUGAAAAUCCUUUGCCAAGAAACUCACCUCAGUUUCACCAGUCAGACUUGCCAGAAAUGUCCAAGAAGCAUAAUGGGAAUAACCAGCAAGUGCCUGUCAAGAACGAAGUAGACAGUUGUGAAACUUUGAAAAAGGUCGACACAAAGUCAUCUUCAGAAAAGAAGAUUCACAAAGCUUCUAAAGAAGACAUAUGUUCUGAGAAACAGGACAUACCUUCAGUGGAGCAAGAGGAUCCUUACAGGAAGAAGAAGCUUCAGGAGAAACGAGAAGGAAAUGUACAAAAUCUAAAUUGGAAUAAAAAUCGAACAUGUAGAAAAAACAAGAAGAGGGGCAUUGCCCAGGCCUCCAGACCUUCUGAACAGAGUGAACUGAAGCUUGUGUGCAGUGACUUCGAGAGGUCUGAGCUGGGCAGCGACACUGAUGUAAGAAACUGGUGUAGACAGGAAAACGCUGGGGAGAUUUGUAAAGCAGACACAGAAAUUGCAAGCAGUUCACCUACCGCACAGAGAGAGGCAGAUGGUUAUUACCAGAAGCCCGAGAAGAAGUGUGCCGACAAGUUCUGCUCGGAUUCCAGCUCUGACUGCGGAAGCUCCUCGGGCAGCGUGCGAGCCAGCCGGGGCAGCUGGGGCAGCUGGAGCAGCAGCGGCAGCUCUGAUGGCGACCGGAAGCCUGCGGUGGACCCACAGCACUUCCUGCCAGCUGGAGACAGUGUUUCUCAAAAUGAUUUUCCUUCUGAAACUCCUCUCUCCUUGAACCUUUCUCAUCACAUCUGCAAUCCCACAGACGUGAGUAACGGCCCCCAGUACCCAGAGCCCUCCCAGCCCAGCCUUCCUGCUGGACCCACAGGUGCUGAAGAAGACAAAGGUCUGUACCCACCUGGAGACCUGUGGCCCCCACAGCCAGUGUGUCUGACAAACAGCUUGAGCUGCGCUUUGGAGAGCAGGGCACCCGGAGUGCUGCAGGAGCCCGCCGCGGCCCACAACAGUAGUUUCAUCGACUGGAGUGCAACUUGCGAAGGCCAGUUUCCCAGUGUGUACUGCCCGUUGGAACUGAACGAUUACCAUGCUUUUCCGGAAGAAAACAUGAAUUAUGCCAACGGCUUCCCUUGUCCUGCAGAGGUUCAGACCAACUUUAUCGAUCACAACUCUCAGUCAACCUGGAACACCCCACCCAACAUGCCUUCUGCCUGGGGACAUGCCAGUUACGUCAGCUCUCCGCCCUACCUCACCAGCACCCGAAGCUUGUCUCCAAUGUCUGGACUGUUUGGUUCCAUCUGGGCCCCACAGAGCGACGUGUAUGAAAGUUGUUGCCCCGUCAGUUCCGCCACAGAACACUCAGCCCACAUGGAGAGCCAGGCGGUCGUGUGCAAGGAGUACUACCCAGGGUUUAACCCGUUCCGUGCCUACAUGAACCUGGACAUAUGGACUUCCACAGCAAAUCGGAAUGCAAACUUCCCACUGUCCAGAGACUCGAGUUACUGUGGGAAUGUGUGAAAAGAAUUGGAUUUUUAAACAAUGUGAAUAAAAAGGCUUGUGUUUUGAUUACUAGUGUAAACUGGUUGUUGAGAUAGAGUGUGACAUUGGUGGAUAUUUUGGCACUUUUAUAUGAGAAUAAAUUUUUUUUACAAAAUCUG